AUGGCUACCCAAGGAGGUGGAUCGCCGAACCUUCCACUAGAUGAUCGUUCGAAGGACCUCAAGAUCACCAUCCCAGUCCUCACUAUAUUCUGCACGACAUUUGUGGUCAUCCGAAUGAUCGUCAGCUGGAGGAACAGAAAGGGCUUCCUCCUGAGUGACUAUCUCCUUGUUCUUGGAGCGGGCCUGAACAUUCCUGCUGUAAUCUUCUCCUACCUGACAGCUUCCGAGGGCCAAGGGAGGCAUGUUUGGGAUCCUUUCCUGAACCAAACCCGUCUCCGUGACUAUCUUCAUCACCUGUGGUGGGCCCAGCUUCUUAACAUCUACGCUAUGGCGGCGGUGAAAGGCAGCAUUUGUGCCUACUUGAUGCUUCUCGACUUCUCAAAGAUGUUUCGUAUCAUGAUCUGGGUCUCAGUCGUCAUUCACAUCAGCACCAACUUCAUAUUCCCUUCGGUCAUUCUCUUCGGCGAAUGCAAUCCCAUCUCAAAGCACUGGAACCCCCAGGAACCUGGGCGCUGCUGGGGAGACAAACCGAGAGUGGUAUCUGGCUACGUUGGCGCCGGAUCAAACAUUUUGACAGAUCUUUUUUACACCUCAGCGCCUUUGGUUUAUCUCUCGUCCGUGCAGCUUUCCAGGCGCACGAAAAUGGGUGUCAGAGCGGUAUUUCUACUUGGUCUUAUCACAACGACGAUAUCCGCACUAAAGUUCUACGAAAUGCGCGCUCUUCACGAUUCUAAGGAUCCUACCUACACUUCUGUCAAUCUCUCCAUCUACUCUAUGACGGAAGUCGCAGCCGGCAUCUUCACCGCCUGUCUUCCACCGCUCCGCAAGACGUUCGAGAACUUUCUCAGGCGCGUCCUACCUGAGAGUAUCAUGGGAAGCAGCACCACUAAGAAGAAGGGCAGCCAGUAUGAAAUGCCUGCCUACGGUAGUAAUCUUAGUCGCUCCGAGAACUCAAAGCCGAAGCACGAUCUUGACAGGGACAGCGAUAGCGAGCGAGCGAUAUUGCCGGAUGGUAGCGAGAGGACGAUAUUGCCAGAGAAGAGCGGAGCGCACGGAGGGGAGACAAUUGUUAGAACCACACAUAUUAGCGUUUAUGGCGAGCAGGGGAAGUAUCAUCAGAUGGACAGUGGGAACUUUGUCUGA